UAUGAGCGCUUCAAGAAAACCUACCCAGAUACCUAUCAGGACAUCCUCGAUACCUAUGAGGAGCUCGACAUACUGACAGAUACUCAAACAAUUGCACAAUGCACGCAAUCAUUCCAAAAAAAUUACAAGAGGGUAGGAAGUAUUCUUGAUGGAGCCGCUGCCAGGCAAGGUUUCGAGGCAGCUCUUGUCAUGUGCGGCAAUAUUGUCAAUGAAGAUGCAUCACUUGGCCAUGUUCACAUGACGCCCGGUGCCGGUGGUUUCUUUGAGAAGCGCUGCCGAGCCAGUGACCAUGCAAUCAUUGGGCAUAUGAAGGCCCAUGUAUAUAACACCACCUCACUUGCUGCUGUGGAACAG